AUGGCCGAUUUUAAUACCCUCUAUCAUCAAGGUCUUUAUCUCUCCCCCGAUCAACAAGACCUUCUUCUUGCCGCUCUUUCCUCCAAUCAGCCCCCUCAAAAGCAACAGAACGAUAAGCAACGAUCCCAAGCGAAGACAGAUCCAGACAGUACUCCUGGGAACAUGUCGUCUGGCAGCUUUACCAUGUCACCAGGAUUCAAUAAGUCGCAUCCUGGCUCUGGUGGGCUGGGUUAUGGAGAUGAUGAGAGCCCUUUCUUAGACUUCAACCCGGAGCUUGACUUCGAUUUUCCAGGCUCCGACAAUCUAAUUGGUGACCUGCCGGAAAGUGUCCCCUCUGAUGAUCAUGAGGUAGGCGAAAAACGGAAGGAUAUGUCGGACAACGAAAACGAAGAGUCGGGAAAGAAGCGCAGAGAAAGCGAUGACAAAGCAGCGAAAAAACCAGGUAGAAAGCCGUUGACUUCAGAGCCUACUUCGAAGCGCAAGGCGCAAAAUCGUGCAGCGCAGCGGGCAUUCCGUGAGCGCAAGGAGAAGCAUCUGAAGGACUUGGAGACCAAAGUGGAUGAGUUGCAGAAGGCCUCUGACGAUGCAAACCAGGAGAACGGACUACUACGCGCUCAGGUCGAGCGUUUGCAGGUGGAGCUCAGGGAGUACCGUAAGCGUCUCUCAUGGCUGACUACCGGCAGUGGAAUCUCUGCCAUGAGUGCUAUCCCAAGCGCUCAUUCUAGGAAUUUGUAUGGCCUCAAUAACAACGACUUUAUGUUCGACUUCCCCAAAUUCGGAGACCUUCCGGGAGGACACAUCUUUAAUGGCCCAUUGACCAAGUCAAAUCAAAACAAGUCUAGGGAUGGUUCUUCUCCGGCGACAAGCGACUCCCAAGUUCCAGGUGUUAUGACUCGGGAAUCACUCAACGGAUCAAACAACCAGAGAAUGUCAACUGCCAAAGCCGCCAACGGAGUCUCCAACAAUCCCUCUCCUAAGGUUCCAUCGGUGUACAACAUCAGGCAGUCCGCAUCAUCACAUGAUUCGUCCAAUUCAUGUUCUCCGUCAGCUUCAUCGGACUCGCACCAGAGUCAGAUACUGUCUUCGAAUGGCACAUCGCCGGAGCCGAUGUCAAAUUCGCCUGCCACGAAGCUUAAUGACAGUGUUCAGAAUCAUCAUGCUUGUACCUAUAGCACCAUUGAUGGUGAGGCCUCCUUCUGCGCACAACUCGGCAUGGCGUGCGGCAAUAUCAAUAACCCUAUUCCAGCUGUAAGAGGCAAAAGCGAGAGUGUAUCGGAUACCCCCAACCAACCCAACAGCAACUACGAACAAACACCCGGACCCGGACUUGACCUCCUGGCGCAGCAGAAUGGAGGUCAGUUCGAUCCAGUGCUGUUCGGAGACUGGCGAGAGCCUCAGGAUGCAAUUUUGUCGCAGGACUUCGGUACCUUCUUUGACGAUGCCUUCCCCUUGCCGGAUCUGGGAAGUCCAUCUCACAAUUUCAAUGAGCUGGCCAACCAGCAGCUACCGAAGAAGGAUUUGAUUGCUGAGAUUGACCAUAAGAUGGAUGAGGAGGUGGUGCCUGGGGAGGACAAAUCACAGAUGUUGUCUUGCACCAAGAUUUGGGAUCGCCUGCAAUCUAUGGAGAAGUUCCGCAAUGGCGAAAUUGACGUUGACAACCUUUGCUCCGAACUGCGUACGAAGGCCCGCUGUUCGGAGGGUGGUGUAGUUGUGAACCAAAAGGACGUGGAGGAUAUCAUGGGUCGCGUCAAAUAAUAAUUCUCGCCAUCUAACUAUAAUACGCAAUCGCGUGCUGCAGAUUUUGAUACCCAUAUCUAUGAUACAACACUGCAACUGGCGUCAUCACGAGCAAGGGAUCUGGGAACUAUACUCGCAAAAUUGAGUCACAUUCGAUCUGGAAUAUGUACCAUCUACUUUUAUUUUGGGAUCAACAUUAUCCGACGACAUGUAUUUGUGAGGUAUUUGUCAUUUCAUACUUUAUAUUUCCUUUUUCUCUUCGGUUUUUGGUUUCAUACAAGGCGAAUGGGGAGGCACAGUUUGGCUAUAAAUUCUUCACUGGUCUCGGCUUGGAAAGAAUGUACACCGAUGAUCAGAUCAUGCAUGUUUUGCUUCCCCUGACUGGCGUACAGUAAGUUGCCGGCUGGACGGCUGGUUAUACAAAGAAAAAUUUCGGAUAAGGCGCAUAUGCGUUGUGCUGGAUAUGAUCAUAUCCAAGGUCUGGGGUCUCUAAUUUUAUAUACUUCUUAGUUCACGGGUUAUGAUGAUUGUGCUUAUUCAUGACUGAUUCCUUUUUCCCUUCUGUUAAU